UACUGGAUGGAUUGGAUGACUCAGUAUGAGAGUUAUUGUUAAUGUCCGUCAGCAGGUUGGACGAGUGCUGAGGAUGAAGUGAGGUGACUCACAGCCUGAAGACAGAAGCUGCUCUGUAGUCUGGUGGUACGGAACUGAAGUAAGAUCAACAUCAUCAUCGUUUGUCCACAUGGGGCGCCAGAAUCAACGACAAAGAAAAGUUCCUUGCUGCAGCUUUAAAUAACAUCUAUUUGAAUAUCAGUUCAAAAGAGCAUGGUGUUGCUGAAUGCUUACCUGAGUUGGAAACCACAAAUCAAACUGAGACUUUUUCUUGGAGCAGCAUCUAGUGGUCAUUAGAGGAACUGCAACUGUUUGUUCUUGCCUCUUUAAAAACUUGACCAGCAAUGGUUCCCUCGCGACCCGCUGCUAACAAGCCUCACGUCUGCCUGACGGUGGUCCUCAUCGUGACCAGCCUGGCCCUGAUGGACACCUACCUGGUGGAGCAGAAUCCUGGUCCCAGGAGGAUCGGCGUAUGCGUCACCGUGCUAGCUGGAGACGCAUGUUUCCUCAUCGUGCUGCGAUAUGUUGCUGCCUUGGCUGCGUCGGAGGUGCACACGGCCAGGCGAGGCUACGCCAUGAUCCUCUGGUUCUUCUACAUAUUCAUUCUGGAGAUCAAGGUGUACUUUGUGUAUCAGAACUACAAGGCUCAGGAUGUGAGUGGAGAUGCAGAGGUGACAGAAUCAGAUGUGUCCAGGAGAGCUCUGACUCUGCUGCUGUCGGUCUGCAUGCCUAUCGUGUUCAUAACUCUGGCAGCGAUAGAUCAUCUGGACUACUUACGGACAUAUAAGAAAAGAGAAGAGAUCCGGAGUCGGCUCUUCUGGGUGGUGGUGGACCUCCUGGAUGUUGUAGACGUGCAGGCCAACCUGUGGGAGCUUCAGAGGGAAGGGCUCCCCCUGUGGGUGGAGGGACUGAUGUUCUUCUACUGCUACAUCCUUCUCCUGGUGCUGCCCUGCGUCUCUCUGAGUGAGAUCAGCAUGCAGGGGGUGAACAUCGUCCCGCACAAAAUGAUGCUCUACCCCAUCCUCAGUCUGGCCACCGUCAACGUCAUCACCCUCCUGAUACGUGGGGGAAACCUGCUGAUAUACGGAGACAUCCGCGUGUCCGGGAUCAUGAUGGGCAAGAACGUGAUCGCCAUCGUUGUGAAGAGCUGCAGUCUGGUGCAGUACAGGAAACACCAGCCGGCGUCUCCUCCUGCAUAUCGAGGAGCUGAGAUGCAGAAGAACUCUGAUGUUCAGAUGUCCAACGCCCAGCAGGUGGUGCUGCCCAGCGUGGUGGUGGAGGACUUCACCACCAUACCAGAGGAAGAGGAGGAGAGCGAUGAGAGAUGUGAACAAACUUGAGUGGAGGACGAGAUAAGGCAGUAGGAAACCAAACACCCCUCCACAAUAAAACACACUGAUGAACAAGACGGAGUCAGGGACUGUUCACAGACUCAGAACGUUUCUCAGGAAAUUUCUAGCUUUUUUCUGACAUUACUUACCUGCACCUGGUGUUGAGAAGGUCUCGCUGUUCAGUUAGCAAUGAUACAUGAAAUACAUCUUCCUCACUAAAACCCUGUCAAUCAUUCAAUGAGCAAACCUCCCCAAGAAAAUCAAAAACACUUAAUGUU